AUGGCAUUGGAUGUCGCAAGAGGAUUAGAGUAUCUUCACGAGCAUUGCAACCCUCCUGUGAUCCAUAGACUUCUUAAAUCAUCCAAUAUUCUUCUGGAUUCGAACUCCAACGCCAAGCUUUCUGAUUUUGGUCUUGCAAUACAUGGUGGAAACUCAAACAAGACAAACAUCAAAUUUUCGGGAACUUUGGGUUAUGAUGCUCCAGAGUACCUCUUAGAUGGUGAUGGCGCAAUUCCAAAUGGCAGCGGAGACAGCGAAAGAGUUGAAAAUGAUAGUGGUGAGGCAGUAGAAGAUGACGUUGGUGGUGACUACUGCUGA